UCACACUUCAAAAUUGAAACUUAAACAUAAACAGCUCAUCUUCUUUCCCUUUUGUUAUUUGGUUUUGCAAAAUUUCCGGAUUUAUGUUUUUUUGUCAUUUUUUGCGUUCAGUUCUUCAUAUUAUAUAUAUGUAACGCUCUUCACUCUUCUUAAUAACAUCUCUGUUUUUUUCCUCUUAAUACCAAUUGCAAGAAUUCUGUAAUACAGAACAAAUGGCUGAUAAUCGCCUCCAAUUUCGAUACGGCGGCUUUCAAAUGGCUGCCGUGAAUCAGCGGCAGUUUUCAUAUAGAAAUUACUCCAAUCCAGCAUUCCAAUACCCUUUGACUAGAACAUGCCCCGAUCUAUCAUCACCGGCUGCAUUAACGCGGUCACCGGUAUUUGUCCAAGCUCCUUCGGAGAAAGGUGUUUCUGGAUUCCUUAUAGAUUUUCUGAUGGGCGGAGUUUCCGCAGCUGUAUCUAAAACCGCCGCAGCUCCGAUAGAACGUGUGAAGCUGUUGAUACAAAACCAAGAUGAGAUGAUCAAAACUGGCCGGCUCUCUGAACCCUACAAGGGAAUCGGAGAUUGUUUCAGCCGGACGAUGAAAGAUGAGGGAAUGGUGUCGCUUUGGAGAGGAAACACCGCCAAUGUCAUCCGUUAUUUCCCCACCCAGGCCUUGAAUUUUGCAUUCAAAGACUACUUUAAGAGCCUCUUCAACUUUAAGAAGGACCGUGAUGGCUACUGGAAGUGGUUUGCUGGCAACUUGGCAUCAGGUGGUGCUGCCGGUGCAUCUUCUCUGCUGUUCGUGUAUUCUUUGGAUUAUGCUAGAACUCGUCUUGCAAAUGAUUCCAAGGCUGCAAAGAAGGGAGGGGAGAGGCAAUUCAAUGGCUUAGUUGAUGUCUACAGAAAGACUUUGAAAUCUGACGGUGUCGCCGGACUUUACCGCGGAUUUAACAUUUCCUGCGUCGGCAUUAUAGUGUACCGCGGUCUGUAUUUUGGAAUGUAUGAUUCUCUGAAGCCAGUUCUUUUGACCGGAAAGAUGCAGGAUAGUUUCUUUGCUAGCUUUGCCCUCGGUUGGGUUAUUACGAACGGUGCUGGUCUGGCUUCGUACCCAAUCGACACUGUACGGAGAAGAAUGAUGAUGACAUCAGGUGAGGCAGUGAAGUACAAAAGCUCAUUCGAAGCCUUCAAUGUGAUCCUGAAAAAUGAGGGAGCCAAGUCUCUGUUCAAGGGUGCCGGCGCGAACAUCCUUCGAGCAGUUGCGGGUGCUGGUGUGCUUGCUGGAUACGAUAAGCUUCAAAUGAUCGUGCUUGGAAAGAAAUUUGGCUCUGGAGGAGGCUAAUUAGCAUUCAAAUCUUCUUCACACUACACUACACAACUAUAUUAGUGAUAUAUUGAUGGUGAUGAAAAUUUUGCAAUUAACUUUAAAAUUUAUAGAGGAUGAUUAUUCACUCACUAAAAUAAAUUAAACUUACCUUAUAGAGCUGGAAUAUUAUUUGGAUGGAAUAUUUGUUCCUGUAAUACUUCUUUUGUCAUUAAUUCGUAAUAUUUAUACCUUUUCUUUUUAA